CCCUUUUUGGAUAGAGAGAGUGGAAGAUUAUGAGUGUUCAUCCACCAUCAUCAUUUGAAAAUUCAUAGAAUUAGAAGGCACCAAAAAUGGGAAAAAAAAAAAGUUAGCUAUAUUUUUGAAUUUUCUAUUUCAUCGUUAAUAGUAGAAUUUUAGACUUUAAAUGGAAGACUCGUUAUGAAUUGUAGCUACCUCCCAUCGAAAACAAAUAGAAUGCUUUAUUUUUAGUUCAUAGUUGGAUCUGGAUUUGGAUUUUGGAUUCGGAUUCGGAUCCACAACGGAAAAUGGAGGGCUGGUUCUCUUCGCGGACUGCAACUGAUGACCAGCUCAAAACGGCGUCGUCUUCUUCGUCGUCGUCGUCUCUGCUAGCCGAUUGGAAUUCCUAUGCUUCCUCUCAGUCUCAGUCGCAAGGUAUCAUCGCAUCCUUCGAUCUCGAAUCUGCCGUUCGAUCCGCUAAUGACACCGUUUCCGGCACCUUCAACGUGGUUUCUAAAGGUGUGAGAGACAUACCUGGCAACCUCCAGUCCGCCACUAGUAGUCUUCCCUCAGGGAAAGCAUUGGUGUAUUUUAGUUUGUUUCUGGCGUCAGGGGUCUUCUUUGUUUUCAUCGCGUUCACCUUGUUCCUUCCUAUGAUGGUGGUUAUGCCCCAAAAGUUUGCCAUAUGCUUUACUCUAGGGUGUGGAUUUAUUAUUGGAUCAUUCUUUGCUCUCAAAGGUCCAAAGAAUCAGCUCACUCACAUGUUUUCCAAGGAGAGGCUCCCUUUUACCCUGGGUUUUAUAUGCAGUAUGUUUGGUACCAUAUACGUAUCAAUGGUGCUACACAGCUACAUCCUUUCUGUUGUGUUCUCUGUGAUACAGGUUCUCUCACUUGGAUAUUAUUGUAUAUCAUAUUUUCCUGGUGGUUCUGCUGGAAUGAGAUUCCUAACUUCUUCCCUUACCUCCCGAAUUUCUGCAUGCUUUGGGAGUUGAUUUCUCUUUGUUAAUGGUGGAUGAGAUCAUUUCAUAUCCAUGUCAAUAUUUCAGCUGAAGCUCUGAACUGGCUCAAGAAUAUUGCUAAGUUGAAGCAUCAUUCAACUCCUCUAAGCAAUGUGUGUUGCAACUUCUGAAUGAAAAAUUCGAUUUAAGGAAGUCCAUUGCAUUCUGCAUGUUUCUUUCCUUCGGCCAAGUGUAGAAAAUAGCUUUUGUCAAAUGAGAACUAUUCUUUGGACAUUUAUUUCUUCUCUUUUUGCACAUUUAUCAUUUUCUGUUUAUUAACUGUCACAUAAUCGUCUGUAAGCUAAACUAUCUUGCUAAAUGUUCUAUAAUACCGUGCCAUUUUCUGUGUUCUGGAAUCA